AUGGCCUCUAAGAACAAGAGGGAUACUAUAAGAUUCCUUCUUGAUGAUAGAGGUAAUAGGCUUGAAACUUUUGAUGCCAUGGCUAAUGAAGUCACUUCUUUUUACAACAAGUUUCUUGGUAUUGCUGACCCUUUGGUUAAGGAUAUGGAUUCUUCCAUUCUUCAAGAACUCCUUAACUUUUCUUUUCCCACUGAAGCUUCUCCCUCUCUUGUUAAGGAAGUCUCUGCUGAAGAAAUUAAGAAUGCUUUAUUCAAUCAAGGCAAUGAAAAAGCCCAUGUUCCUAAUCCUUGCAAUAUUAAAGAAUUCAGGCCAAUCUCCUGCUGUUCAGUCAUCUACAAGAUUAUUUCUAAAAUCAUUGUCACUAAAUUGACUGAAUACCUGCCUGAUAUUAUCUCUUUAAACCAGACUGCCUUUAUCCGAGGUCGUGAUAUCAUCGAUAAUUCUCUCCUUGCUCAAGAGAUAGUGAAAGGAUAUGGUAGGAAAUCCAUCUCUCCAAGAUGCUCAAUGAAGAUUGAUCUUCAUAAAGCUUUCGACUCAUUGCAUUGGAAUUUCUUAUUAGCAAUCUUUAAAGGCCUCAUCUUCCUCAAAAAUUUAUUGACUGGAUACAAAUCUAUUUCUCUCAAGCCAAACGAUUUACUGAUUUUCUGCAAAGGAAAUAAGGAUUCAGUAGCUGGAGUCUUGAGUGUCCUCCAUCAAUUUUACAAAGUUCCUGGACUUCAUUUAAAUCCCUCCAAAUGUGAGAUCUUCUCAGCGGGUAUCUCUCCUAGGGAAAUUGAGAACUUUAAAAUCAUAUUUGGCUUUAAAACAGGUUGCCUGCCUGUUAGGUACCUAGGAAUACCUCUUGUUACUCGAAAACUUUCUCUGAAAGACUGUGAACCUCUCCUUGAUAAAAUCAGGCAAAGGCUUCACCACUGGUCUACAAGAAACUUAAAUUAUUCUGGCAGAAUCGAGCUAAUUAGAUCAGUUCUUUUUAGUGUCAGUAAUUUCUGGUGUAGACAAUUAAUCAUCCCAGCUACUGUCUUAAAAUCAGUGGAUCAAUUAUGCUCAAGGUUCUUCUGGAAAGGAGCGAACAAAUCAGCUGCUGGAGCAAGAGUUGGUUGGGACCAAAUCUGUCUGUUAAAAUCUGAAUGA